AUCUCAAGUUGAAGCACAUUGAUCUGUCGGAAAACAUGUUUGAUGGGCCGAUCCCACGUUCACUCCUCGAGCUCGAGUUGUUGGAAUCGUUGCAGCUUCAAGAGAACAAUCUGAGCGGCACGAUCCCAGAGUUCGACCAAGAGAGUUUGACUUCUUUCAACGUCUCCAACAACAAAAUCAGUGGUCCGAUCCCUGGAACUCGAACCUUGAAAUCAUUCGGCUUUGCUUCGUACUUCAACAAUGGCCCCGACAUGUGCGAUUCCUCGAGCUCCAGUUCUUGCCAUUUUAGCGACGAACACAAAGCUCGAGACUCCAAACGGAAAUCCAUUGCAACUUUAGUUAUGGUUUUGGUUAUUAUAGGCUUGGUUACCGUGAUUUUACUGCUGAUUCUUUACAUUAAGAAAUCGAGGAGAAUCAAGAACCUGAUGAAGAGUUACCCUUUCGAAGAAAAAGUCGAUUUAAAGCUGGAAGAUGAAGAAAAGAAGCUGGUGUUCAUGGCGGAUGAAGCAGGUUGUUUUGACCUAAACGAUUUGCUGAAAGCUUCGGCAGAAGGGUUAGGGAAAGGGGUUUGUGGCCACACUUAUAAAGCAACAGUGGAAGACGGGAAACCAAUUGUUGUGAAACAUUUGAGGGAGUUGAAACCAUUUAGCAACGAGGAGUUCAUGAAGCUGGUGCGAAGAAUUGCAGACCAAAAGCAUCCGAAUUUGCUUCCUUUAAUGGCCUACUAUUAUUCCAAGGAUGAGAAGUUGUUCGUCUACAGAUAUGUCAAAAAUGGAAACCUCUUCAACCGCCUUCAUGGAGGGAGGCGUAGCAGGGACCGGAUUCGUUUCAGUUGGGGCUCUAGAUUGACCGUCGCUCAAAGCGUGGCACAAGCGCUUGAAUAUCUUCACCUCAACUCAAACCAUUCCCAAGACACCGUUCCUCACGGAAACCUGAAAUCAUCCAACAUUCUUCUCGACGACGACGACACCUUUCUAGUUUCCGAUCACGGGCUCGCUUCCUUCAUGACCCUUCCCAUGGCAGCUCAACUUAUGGUCUCAUAUAAAUCGCCGGAAUACCAAUCCUCGAAAAGGGUUUCGAGAAAAUCAGACGUAUGGAGCUACGGCUGUCUUCUUCUGGAAUUAUUGACGGGGAGAGUCUCGGUUCACUCAGCUCCUCUGGGCAUCAAUGGCGUGGAUCUUUACAAAUGGGUUCAACGAGCUGUUAGAGAAGAAUGGAUUUCUGAGAUAUUUGAUACGGAGAUAUCUGUGGAGAAAAAUGCUGGUCCGGGGAUGAUGAAGCUGUUUGAGUUUGCUCUCCGUUGCUGCGACGAGUCGCCGGAGAAACGGCCCGAGAUGACGGAGAUCGUGAGAGAGAUCGAUGGUAUAUAGGGUG